AUGGGGAUACACCAACCGUUUGCCUCUCUGUUCAGCUCCUCCAUCAGCGACAGCCGUGAGCGUGAACGAGCGAGACCCAGCUUACCCCCUAUUUAUAUACCCUUGCUUCGAGGCCUUGCCUCCACAUGGCAGGGUAAAAAGCAAGGCAGAGAGGGCCAGAACCCCCCCCCCUCUGCCAACCUUUGCCACGGCACUGCCCCCGGCUGCCAGGCGAGCAACCCUCCCGAAGAGUUGGAGGACGCACACGGCACGGAGUGCGGCGUCCAAGGCGUCAACAUUGGCCAGACUCCAGAUGACGCAUACGGCAGGAGUACAGCGCCCAAGACGUCAACAUUGGCCACACUCCAGAGCAUCCAAAAAGGGGCCCUGACUCACCGCUGCAAAAACCCCCAACGGCCCAUCAUGCUGAUGGGAGAGUAUCGCACCUGA